AACGAGGAGCUAGCCAAAUACAAGCCGAUUCGCAAAAUGGAAUUCAGUCAAGAUCAGAAGAAAUAUUUGGAGGAGAAUCAUAUUCCCAGGAAUAUGUGGCCAUUUUUGAAUGCCACUGCUGUGGAGGAACUUUAUGAAAAGCGGAAUGAUAGUGACAUUGAUGUGGUCACGGAUGAAGAUGUGGCGGAUGUUUCUGACGAGGGCGAUCACCCUAUACCGAACACAAUGCAUUACGAUGGACAGAAAACAACGAUCACCAUAUCAGCGGAAGGCGGAGAGAUGCUUCUUCAGCACUGGCUAGAUCAAAGUAUAUCCGGGCUGAUGUCUGCCGUUGCAACUAAAAAACUUGCAACUGUUGGGCGGUUUGAGCGAGCAGCACACAAAAGAUGUACAAAGAAGGCAAGUUCGGUGAAGGAGCAUGCGCAAUGUGUUGUUGCGCUUAUGGAAAGCGAAGCGAAAUACCAGCAGCGGAAGAAAAAGUUUGAAGCUAAGGAGAGUAGGACUGGGGCACCUAAAUUCAAAUCGGGUUCUGUCCACUACGCCGUCGGCUCUCCUCUUUUGGCGUCAGCAAAACGGAAAACUUUUAAGAAGAAGCUUCGAAACAAAGCUGGCUUCAAGGAACGCUAUGUCUAUGGCGCCCACCUCGAAGAUAUAGAAACUCUGCCUUCCGCUGAAAGCAAAUGGGUGGGUUCAUUUCGUAUGCGUGCUAAACGUUCCGUGACUAAGGAUUCAUCCUCGAAAAUAAUACCUGUCAACAAGGAGCGCUACGAUCUUCUAGAUAGUCAUCAGUACUCCCCGCUUGCGACGAUUGCGAAAAGCCUUCUAAGGCAAGUUAGAAGAUUGAAAAAGAAGGACGAAAAUGGGGCUCAAUACUGGAAAGAUACGGUCACAGAGCUUCAAGUGGAGGCAGAAAAAUUAAAAAAGAAGAGAAAAUUCGAACAAAUGCUCCAUAAGCGUCUCGAUUAUGCCAGGAGAGCGUUGCGCGAUCGUAGCACUUCUCGAACUACUAUGAAGAAAAUGAACAUAUUUGGAGACUACGACAACGAUAAUGGAGUAGAUGACGUGAUGAGGAAAGCAUGGAGGAAGGAGCAGGAUACAAAAUACAAUGAGGAAUUGAUGGAAAUGCCAGUGAAUCUUGUUCGUGAAGCUGCCAAACUAACAUAUAUGUUGGAUGGAGGAAACUCAACGGAUUUAGACAACAAAGUCUUCGAGAUCCUGUCACCACGAUUGCUUCCCGUUCUUCCUGAAGAGAGAAAAGACGACAAGAUCAAACUCCUUUCACCCUCACUAUUCCCUCUUCAUGAUAGAGAUCGCGGUUUUGAAAAUGAGACCAGCUUGACGAAUACAGCUUCUGCAAUUGGCGAGAAAGAGAAUGAUGCUGUACUCAACCUCAUCAUGGAAGCAAGUGGAGUGUCGGAUAUUCUCAGUAUCAUGAAGGUUGGAGAGGACAGUACAAACAAAAUUCGACUUAGAGACGAUGCUUUACGUGGACCGAAUGGUCAGCCAUUAUACUUUACAAAAGAAAAUGUGACCACCAUGUUUGGAAAAGAAGAAGCACUGAAAGUAGAACUUUUCGAGCGCCUUCAACGCUCACUUACGAGCGAGCAGCUGAUGGCAAUGAAUACAACUGGCUACACGGUGAUGAAUGCGAAACAGCUGGAAAUGGUGUACGGUCCAGAAUCACCGCACAACGACAGCGAGACACUUAGACUGCUAUCGAAAGUUCGAUCUGAGGAGGUUCCUGCUAUCAUUGAAAAGACAAUCCGUGGUUUAGCCUCAGAAACUGUACGAUUCAAAACACAGAGGCGAAAACAGUCCAUAACCUUAGCCCCAAUAGUUCUCGGUUCUAUUAUUUUGAAUCCAGCGGGGGCAUCCAUUCCGAUUAUAUUAUCGCCGGUAUUGCUCACGCCACUAAUACUUUCACCAGCUAUUCUCGGUGUCGUACUUUUGUCACCAUGGUUGUUCGUUCCAAUCAUCCUUUCCCCGCGACUUUUGUUCCCUGCCGUUAUAUCACCCACUGCUUUAUCUCCGAUAAUUCUUAGUCCUUUUGCCCUGGAUCCUUUUGUACUGAGUCCUGGGACACUUCUACCUUUUGUAUUAUCGCCUCUACUUCUGAAUCCUUUCAUUGUAUCACCGGUAGCGUUAGUACCGCUUGUCCUAACACCUUUCUGCUUAUCGCCCUUUAUUGGAGUCCCUAACACCUUAACUCCUUUUGUUCUGUCGCCAUUUGUUUUAUCUCCAAUAAUCCGUUCACCGCCGUUCAUUUCUGCUUUCUUAUUAUCACCGUACGCGCUCUCGCCUUCAAUCGAAUCUGACGGCAAGUGUUUCGUCUCAAUUCUUUCUCCAAGUUGGCUUAGCUAG